GUUGGUGGAGCUUCACAAGGAUCGGACACGUCGCCGUGGCGCAGGGAUCCAAAUUGUCUCCUUACAGUGAAUCUCACAAAUCCGAGGUUAGGGCUCAGGUUUUCCCAUGGCUCUAGCGCUGUUCGAUGCUCCGAGCAGCGUCUUCUCGCGAGCUGUAGCGAAUCGCGCUGGAAAUCCGGUCGCGGCAGGCGAUUCUUUGAGAAUCCACGGCAAGAAUGCGCGAAAUUUCGGCGCCGCGAUCGUUCUCUCACGAGAGAGGCCGGGGAGAUGCGUGUGCUCGGCAGUGGAUGACGAGUGCAGCUCCCAGGCCUAUGGAUCGACCAUGACCAGCAUUGAUGCCCAGGCGCAAGUGUCCGCUUGCGCGUCGGCGACUAGUCACAGGUGUAGCAUCCUCCAGGACCUGGAAUCUCAUGUGGAUGAGACGUUUACGUUCGUUUUCAAGCCCGAGAGCGCCGUGACCGUGACCGUCUCGCUCAAGGAUGCGCUCAAUGAGACGUUCUACGAGGUUCUUCUCAGCGCGCCUCUUGGAGGAUUGACUCUUCACUGGGCUGUGAAUAAUUGGUCCCUUCCUAGUGCUUCGUGGUGGCCCAGUGGGACUGUUCAAGUCACUGACAGAGCCAUCGAGACUCCGUUCACUCGAUCUGAGUCUGGAAGCUGGGAGAUUUCCAUGAAAAUUCCCGAGCUGGAAGUUCCUCGGUGCCUCGUUUUUGUGCUAAAGGAUACUGAUGGAGCUUGGUACAACAACAACGGUUGUUUUCAAGUUCCCUUGAAAUGCUUUGAACUCAACGAUCUUAUGGAGCAGGUGAUCUUAUCAGAAACCACUUUUGAUAACUGGUCCCUGUUUAAUCGGUUUAUCCUAGCUUCGGAGCUUGUGGAUGCGGCGGAGGAAAUUGGUGCUAAUGGCAUGGCAUUCAUGUAUACUUGGCUGCGCUUUUCAGCACUUAAACAGCUUACAUGGUACAGAAAAUGCAAUUAUCAGUCAAAGGAUAUUGCGUAUGUCCAAGAGCGGCUAGCGUCCUUGAUGGCUGAGAAAGCAGCCCGUGGGAAAGAUCCUACCAUCAAAAAGUUCGCAAGACUGAUCUUGUCCACACUUCCCCGUGGAGGUGGGGAUGCUGACCAGAUUCGAAUGGGAAUAUUAAACAUUAUGCGAGAGAACGGGAUUCGCGAGGGACAUAGGCCAGGAAUUGAAGAUCAUUUUCUAGAACAGUGGCAUCAAAAGCUGCAUACCAACACUUCUUCAGAGGACAUACACAUAUGUGAGGCUUACCUUCACUUUUUACGGACAAAUAACAUGGACAAUUUUUAUCAAACUCUAUGGAACAACGGACGCAUAAGCAAGGAAUGGAUAGAAACGAUGGAUCAUCCUAUCACUGGACAUCCUGUCCAUCUUCCCCACCUGAUUCCUGCUUUUCAGCAUUUCCUUUGGAUCUUGAAAACCGUUCACUCUGGCGCGGACCUGGAUGUCAUGGCUGAGAUGAGCAAGGGGUACCUGGAUGAUGAGAUCAAGAGCAUAAUUUACAAUAUACUUGGCAACCGGGAUGCUUGGUGGAUACCUGGAGAACUUGUCAAGGCCAGGAAGAAACUUGAGAAAGUAUGGAGAGGAGGUCUGGUGCAGAGGGACGUAAUGCUGCUGGAUAUUGCUCUCAACAACUUUUUUGGGCUUUCUAUUGGACGGAUUGACAAGUCUGCACUAAGCGGAGAUGACUUAUGCGAGCUCCUAUCUCUUGUUCUUGAGAACUGCUGCAUCGAUGCCGAAAGUGAGGAGCUUAACAUGUGCCUGAAAUACUGGAAUAAAGUGAAAGCAGAACCGAGAUGGACAUCAACCUGGGCGCUGCUGGCUAUGUCCGCUGCUGAUCGAAUAGCACUCUCAGUUGAAGAUUAUAUGGAUCACAUUUACAAGAUUGUACAACCGAAUGCGGAAAUUCUUGGUAAAGCAUGUGGUAUUGCAGAAAGCUACAUAAAGAAUUUUGGUGAAGAGGUUGUACGAGGACAAGUACUCUUUAAUAUAUCCGGCCUUCUACAGAGAUUGCAAUCGAUUCUUCGUGGAACUGCGGGACUAAGCACUUGGCAGGUUGUAAGCCAUCAGCCUUCUGCGGUUGGAAAGGUCGUGGUCCUUCCAACGUUGUCAUCAAUUCAAGGUCUUACUUACUCGGAACCACAUGUUGUUCUUACAGAGAAGGUAGAUGGCAUGGAAGACAUACCAGUUGGUGUAACUGCUGUGCUGUGUGCGAGCACUGUUGAUAUGCUCAGCCACGUUGCAAUUCGUGCACGAGAUUCUCAGGUUUUGCUCUCUAGCUGCUUUAGCAGCGAGGAGUUUGGAAGUCUGAAGUCUUUCUCAGGACAACAUGUUCUUGUUAACAUUGGUGCAUCAGGGCAAGUUCUAGUUUCUGAAUGCGAUGAAUGUGCCGAACACGAUCUCAAAGCCGAAAAUUGCACUACCCACGUUAAAACUUCUUCCAUAAGGAAUUACCAGCUGGAGAAACUUGUGCUGUCAGAGGACGAGUUUGAGGAAGGGAAAGUUGGCGCAAAAUCCAUAAAGAUCUCUAUGAUGAGAAAGGCCUUGGACAAAUCAGUUUUGCUUCCUCCGUCCAUUGCUUUGCCCCUUGGUGUUUUUGAGAGCGUUAUGAACGAUCCUAUCAAUUCUGGAGUGAAUUCUCCCUUUGGCUUUUCGUUACAGAGGUUGAAAGCAACGUCUGACUCAGAAAGAAUUUCCACCGAAUUGGCUAGAAUUCGGGGCCUUGUCAGAACUAAACUGACAGUCCCCAAGGAUCUGAAGCGACAAGUGACCAGUGUAGCGGAGGCUUGUGGUUUGAUACCGACGGGUGCAUGGGAGAAUGAGGACAAUUGGGAAAAAGCGUGGCAAGCCAUAUGCCAAGUGUGGUCAAGUAAAUGGACUGAUAGAGCAUGGCUUAGUAGGCGAGCUCAUGGAAUUCCUGACGAGGCACUUUUUAUGGGUUGUCUGAUCCAGAAAGUUAUUGCAACCGACUAUGCAUUUGUGAUCCAUACAAUGCAUCCUAUUGCAAAAGACCCGGAAUUGAUGUUCUGUGAGAUUGUUCCAGGCUUGGGAGAGGUCCUUGUGGGGAAUCAUAAGGGCAGUGCAUUUAGUUUCACUGUUGCUAAAUCGAAUCUGGAAGGUGCGGACCAGUUAGCAUGGCUGAUAACCUGUCUGAACCUCUCCACUUUUGUAGAAGCGAGGAUUUUAUCACUGCCUUCGAAGCGCGUUGGACUGUUUGCAGCCGAAGGAACGGUCAUCGCACGAUCGGAUUCAAAUGGCGAAGAUCUUGAAGGCUUUUCUGGUGCUGGACUAUAUGACAGUGUCACCGUAGAUGUCUCCAAGGAGGUCGUGCUAGACUAUAGCGAAGAACGACUCAUAUGGGACCAUGCUUUUCGUGGUCAGCUUCUGAAAGCGGUCUGUCAAGUCGGGAUCAAUGUGGAGGCUGCAUUCAAUGGACAGCCACAGGAUAUAGAAGGUGUGUACAGCAGCGGAAAUGUAGCAAUUGUCCAGUCUAGACCACAGAUUUUGAACUGACAUGCCAGCCACCAAAGAAGUUCAUAUGUCACAGUGGCACACCAAUCCUGGACAUCGUGCUGAGAAACUCCUUCUUUACAUCGUC